CAUGCGACGGCCGGAGCGCCGCAACGGAGGAGGUUUAUUUGGGUGGUAGACUACUGCUUAAUUUACCUUCAAAAAGAAUAGAUUGGGUGUAAUACUCCUCUAUAAUAAAAGCUGCAGGAUGAUUCACGAGCUACUGUUGGCUCUGAGCGGAUAUCCGGGAACUAUUUUCCCCUGGAACAAACGGACCGGAUUGCAGGUAUCCCAGGACCUGCCCUUCCUCCAUCCCAGUGAGACCAGUGUCCUGAACAGACUCUGUAAACUGGGAUCAGAUUACAUCCGCUUCACAGAGUUCAUCGAGCAGCACACGGGACACGUGCACCAGCAGGAACAUCACACAUCUCAGCCCAGUCAGACUGGACUCCAUGGGAGCUACCUGAGAGCCUUCUGCACCGGACUGGACUCAACCCUGCAGCCGUACAGACAGACGCUGUUGGACCUGGAGCAGGAGUUCCUCUGUGACCCUCACCUGACCAUCUCCCAUGCCAACUAUAAACUGGAUCAGUUCCAGCUGCUGUUUCCGUCUGUGAUGGUGGUGGUGGAGACCAUAAAGGCUCAGAAGAUCCACGGCUGUCAGAUCCUGGAGACGGUUUAUAAACACAGCUGUGGAGGACUUCCACCUGUUCGCACGGCUCUGGAGAAGAUCCUGGCGGUCUGUCAUGGUGUCAUGUACAAACAGCUGGCGGCCUGGAUGCUCCAUGGUUUACUGCUGGACCAGAGUGAGGAGUUCUACGUGAAACAGGGUCCGAGUGCAGGAGGAGCAGCAGCCAAUCAGGAGGAGGAGGAGGAGGACCUGGGCUUAGGAGGACUGAGCGGGAAACAGCUGCGAGAGCUUCAGGACCUGAGGCUGAUCGAGGAGGAGAACAUGCUCGCUCCGUCUCUGCAGCAGUUCUCCCUCCGGACCGAGAUGCUGCCGUCGUACAUCCCUGUCAGGGUCGCCGAGAAGAUCCUGUUUGUGGGAGAAUCAGUUCAGAUGUUUGAGAACCACAACCACAGCCCAUCCAGAGCUGGUUCCAUCCUGAAGCACCAGGAGGACCUGUUUGCCGCCGAGCUGCACCGACUCAAACAGCAGCCUCUGUUCAGUCUGGUGGACUUCGAAAACCUCAUCGACCACAUCAGGAGCACCGUGGCAGAGCAUCUGUGGACACUGAUGGUGGAGGAAUCGGACCUUCUGGAACAGCUCAAGAUCAUUAAGGACUUCUACUUGCUGGGUCGUGGUGAGCUCUACCAGGUUUUCAUCGACCUCGCGCAGCACAUGCUGAAGACCCCGCCAACGGCCGUCACAGAGCACGACGUUAACGUGGCAUUUCAACAGGCGGCUCAUAAAGUUCUACUGGACGACGAUAACCUGCUGCCUCUGCUGCACCUGACAGUCGACUAUCAGGGCAAAGACAGUAAAGAUGCAAUUGGUCCCAGAGAUGGAGCCACACCCCCACAGGACACCUCACCUCGAGAAAUCCCGCCCACCGGCUGGGCGGCUCUCGGCCUCACCUAUAAAGUCCAGUGGCCUCUGCACAUCCUGUUCACUCCGGCCGUCCUCGAGAAGUACAACGUUGUGUUCAGGUACCUGCUGAGUGUUCGGAGAGUCCAGUCUCAGCUGCAGCACUGCUGGGCCCUGCAGAUGCAGAGGAAACACCUCAAAUCCAGUCAGACGGACGCCAUCAAGUGGAGACUCCGCAACCACAUGGCCUUUUUGAUCGACAACUUGCAGUACUACCUGCAGGUGGACGUAUUGGAGUCUCAGUUCUCGCAGCUCCUUCAGCAGAUCAACUCCACCAGAGACUUCGAGAGCAUCCGAUUGGCCCAUGACCACUUCCUGAGUAACCUUUUGGCCCAGUCCUUCAUCCUGCUCAAACCGGUGUUCCACUGCCUGAACGAGAUCCUGGAGCUGUGUCAGACCUUCUGUUCUCUGGUCAGCCAGACGGUGGCGUCGCUGGACGAGCGGGGGGCGGCUCAGCUCGACAUCCUGGUCAAGGGUUUCCGUCGUCAGUCGUCUCUACUGUUUAAGAUCCUGUCGAGUGUGAGGAACCAUCAGAUCAACUCAGACCUGGCUCAGCUGCUGCUCAGACUGGACUACAACAAGUACUACACACAGGCUGGAGGAACGCUUGGCAGUGUUUGAGAUGAGCAGAAGUAUGAAGGAGAACCCGACAGAACCGCAUCGUUCCUGUUUUUCAACUGACGGGGUUUGGUUUGGAGUUGAACCGUUUCUUUAACUUGUACAAACUGUAAAUACUUGCAUGUUCUGCAUGAAAAUAAAGGCAGUGAAGGUUCAAAUGA